GCAAGUGCCGGAGUAAACAACAACACAAAACCGAAAAAAAAAAGUUUGCUCCAUAGCCAGUGGCGGCAAGACACACAAAAGACAUGCGGCCCAUCGUUCCACUAGCAACUGGUGGGAAGGCCACACCUCUCGCCUAGCGCACACGGACAUGCUGCAGCAAACGCGCCGUCACCACACCACCACUCAAAUCGUCAAUCCGAUCCGACGCGUGCCUCUGAUUUGCUUGUUGGAUUGAAGUUCAAUUGCUCUCCACUCCGACCUCAAAAACAUCAUCCUUCCGCAUCAGCCCGCAUCGAUAAACAUUCAAUCUACAAUCACCAACAAUAUCACACUCAAGUUGCAGUUUUUGCAACGAAAAACGUAAAUAUGGCUUCUAACCACUUUGACUCUCAGGCUUCCACCAACUACAAGGAGGCGUUUUCGCUGUUUGACAAGCGCGGUAAUGGCCGCGUUGCGCUCGACAGCCUCGGUGACCUGCUGCGUGCCUGUGGUCAGAACCCGACCCUGACGGAGAUCCGCGACCUAGAGAAGAACGUGGGAGGUGACUUCGAUUUCGAGACCUUCCAGCGCGUGCUCAACAGGCCAGGCGGCUUCCGUGACCCCGGCGAGCCCGAGGAGUACUGUCGUGGUUUCCAGGUGUUUGACAAGGACAUGACGGGCUUCAUCGGCGUCGGGCAGCUCAAGUACAUCCUGACGAACCUUGGCGAGAAGAUGACGGAUGAGGAGGUUGAUGAGCUGCUCAAGUCGGUCGACACCAGUUCGGGACAGGUCAACUACACCGAGCUUGUUCGGACCAUCUUGGCCAACUAGAGCCAAUACAUCCGAUUAGGAAGCCGGUUGAUAGAGGGAAGCGGAACGAUUACGAUACACAUUUCUAAAGGAGACAUAUCAUGAGGACAGCAUUCGGGUAGAUCAUGGGGACACAUACUCCCCUGGUUGUCUGUUCUUGCUGGGAUACGGCAAACGGGACGGCGUUGGACGGGUUGUUUGAUAAACAUUUGGAAUUUGAUAACACGAAUUUUUUUGCCCCUCUUGUGUUCACUCGCCAUAAAACAAAGUCAUGUUGCGUUGCCUACUCGAAGGCAGCGAGCUGCUGCCUUUACGAGUGCGGCUCUUUCAUGUUUGACG